AUGAGUCGAACCACAAACAGAGAUAGAAACGAAUCGGGGUUGUUUUUGUUUUUCGACAAUCUUAAGUCAUUGUUGCGGUCAGUUGUAUCGUUUGAAGAGCAAAGCAGGUCUCAAGGAUUGUCAGUGGAGGAGAUUGACGAGGUAGUAGAUCGACUGAAUGUUGCUGCAGAUACUCUUCAAUUACUUAUAACAGAUAUUGAUGGCAAUGAUGCAUUUGCUGAUGUGACAGUAAAUUUGAACACUACUGUCAACAAGGUGAGACGCUUGUCUAAUAUUUUACAACAAUACAAGAACAACACCUCUGCAUCAGCCUGGGAAAAUUCCUAUAACUGUCCAAUCGCUUCAACGGAGAACCGUCCAGGUCGCCCACAUUAUGUUAUUGGGGAAGAGCAAAUUCGAUUUCUAAGAGAAUUGCACUUCUCUUGGAUAAAGAUUGCAAAUCUUCUUGGAGUAAGCGAAAGUACCCUUAGGAGGAGGAGAAUAUUGUAUGGUAUGACAACAGAGGAGGAACCAAACUGGGCAAUGAUUACGGACGAUGAGUUAGAAAGGACCGUUCGAGAAAUCCAAGAAUUAACUCCUAAUAUAGGACAGGCACGACUACUUGGUGUACUAAGAAGCAGGGGUCUAAACAUUCAGCGGAGGCGAGUGAGAAAUUGCCUUCGCUCUAUUGAUCCUAUUGGUACAGCACUAAGGUGGCGUUCACCAAUUUAUCGAAGAAAAUACAGUGUUCCCACCCCAAAUGCUUUGUGGCACAUAGACGGUAACCACAAACUCACCAGAUGGAGACUCGUUGUUCAUUUAUGCAUUGACGGAUAUUCACGACUUAUUAUCUACGCACACUGUUGCAACAACAAUAAAGCAAGUACAGUUUUGAAUCAAUUUGUAGAAGGAGUGAACACCUACGGAUUACCGUCGAGGGUCCGAAGUGACCAUGGUAUGGAAAAUUUCAAAGUGGCGCAGUUUAUGUUACAACACACAGGCACUGGAAGAGGAAGCAUCAUUACCGGUAGUUCGGUACACAACUCCCGUGUUGAGAGGGCUCACAGAGAUGUUUAUUCUGGAGUACUUUGUUUCUUUGCAAGAACAUUUACUCGAUUGGAAGAUAAUCAGCUCCUGGACCCGCUCAAUGAGUUACAUUUAUUUGCACUGCAUUAUAUAUAUAUCCCCAGAAUAAAUAAAUGUUUACAAGAAUUCAAAAGCCAGUGGAAAAACCAUCCCUUAUCAUCUGAACGAAAUCGCACUCCACUUCAAUUAUUUACGUCUGGUGUAAUUGAAAAUCAACAGUCUGGUUAUUCUGGAGUUCAAAGUAUCUUCGAUGCUGGAUAUACGCCCAAUUAUGGGUUUGAUCCGUCUGGUCCAUUAUCUGUGGAGGAUGAUGACUAUCAAGUUGUAGUUCCAGAAACAAACAUCCAACUUUCUAGUGAACAGAUGACGAAUUUGGCAAACCAAUGCAACCCUUUGCAAGAAGAUGGUACAAAUGGUCAAAAUACGUAUCUUCAGUGUCUUGCAAUUUUAAAUUCUAUGAUUUAA